AUGAAAAAGAAGAAGUAUGUUUUUCUCGAAUUUAGUAUCAAUCGUAUUACGCUUGGCAAGGUUUAUUUUGAAUUAUUUAAUGAUGAAGAAAUAAAAAAAUCAGUUAAUAAUUUUUUAAAUUUAUGUAAGGGUCAAGACUAUCAUAGUAUAUAUUCUAAUGAGAUUUUAAGUUAUAAAAAUUGUAUGAUCGAGAAAAUAAAAAAAGGAAAAUGUAUAAAGACUGGAUAUUUAAGAAAUAAAAUAAAUAUAAAUGAUAAUGAAUCAUAUUAUAAUAAGAAUAAUAUAAAUAAUAAUAAUAAUGAUGAUAAUUAUGAUAAUUAUGAUGAUUGUAAUUCUAUAGAUAAUAUAUAUAAUUCUUUAAAAAAUAAAAUGAAAAAGAAUAAAACAAAUAAAUAUGAAAAAGUAGAAUGUAUAUAUGGAAAUUAUUAUAAUAAAGAAUAUAGUAAGAGAAAACAUACAUGUGCAGGUUUAUUAACCAUGAUACAAAUUGAAGAUAAAAAAUAUUCAUCCAUAUUUAAAAUAACUCUAAAUAAAACAUAUUCAUAUAAUAAUAAAAAUAUUAUCAUAGGUCAAGUUAUAAAAAAUAUGCAUAUAUUAAGAGCUAUAGAAAUGUUGCCUACUUAUAACAAUGGAACUCCAAAGGUUCAUUUGUAUAUAUCUGACUGUAAUGAAGUAAAUGAAUCAUUUUUUAAAAAAGAAAAAAUUUCGUCAAGGCAAAUGUAUAUUAAUCAGAUGUUUGAAAUGUCAGCCAAGCAAUCUGCACAAAAUGAUAUAGCUAAUGUAGACAAUAAUAAUGAUAAUAAUUUUAUAUAUGAACAACAUACAUAUAACCAUUCUUAUGACGAUUAUACUAUAAAAAAAAAAUCCUAUGACAAUUUUAACAAUGAACAUAUUAAUGAGAAACAAAGAGGAAUUAUAUUAUUAAAUAAAAUAUUUCAACAAAUAGAUGAUCAUAUUAAAAAUGAUAACAAUUUAAUGGAAAAAAAAAAAAAAAAUAAAAACGAAAAAGAUGAUACUCUUCAGAAUGAUGAUAAUCUUCAGAAUGAUUAUACUCUUCAGAAUGAUGAUACUCUUCAGAAUGAUAAUGUCAAGAGUGAUUAUUUUGAUAAAGAACAAAAGGAUCUUCAAAAUUAUAAAUCGUUUAAAGAGAAUGAUAAAAAUUAUAAUAAAAAUCAAAAACACUUAGAUUGUUCUAUGUCACAAAUGUAUCAACUGUCAUCAUUUCAUAAUCAUGAAAAUCAUCUUAACAAACAGAUGACAGACAGAGAAAGGAAGUUAUUAAACAUACAAAUGAAAAUCAACCAAUCUAAAAUGUUUAAUCAUAUGGAAAUUAAAAAAGAAAAAAUGCAUGAGAGGAUAGGUCUAGCAAGCACUCAUCGUUUUGAUGAGUACAUGAAAUAUAAAUAUGAGAAAAAUGUUAAUAUAACAGAUGUGCAUUCUAAAGGAGUAAAACAGAAAGGGGCCCAACAAGAAACAGGAAGUAUAUUAGAUGAACAGAAGGAGGAUAUUAUAAAUACUGCAAGGGGAAAAACAAAUAAUAAUACACACAUUGAUGGAAAUAAUAAUAAUAAUAAUAAUAUAUAUGAUGAUGAUAAUAAUAAUACACAUAUUGAUGAUAAUAAUAAUACAUAUGAUGAUGGUAAUAAUAAUUACAAACGAGAUAAACUCUAUAAUAUUAGCGCAUUUAAUGUUAAAAAAAUAAUGCUUAAAAAAAAUAAGAAAAAAGACGAUACUUACCAACUAGAUAAUGAUACAAAUUUAUACAAAAAAAUAAAAUUUAAUUUCUCAAUCAACAGAAAAAUAUAUGAUGAGAAAAAAAAAAUAUAUGGAUCAAAUUUCUAUAAUAUUAAUUUAUUAAAUCAUGAAAAUACAAAAGGUAAUGAAUAUGACAAAAAUAAAGUUGUAGAAUUCUGUAAGAAACAAGAAGAGUUAAGAAGUAAAAUUAGUAGGAAGAGAAAAGAAAAAGAAGGAAUCUUCAAAAAUUAUAUUAAUCAAAGAAAUAAAAUAUAUAAUAAAAAGUUAGAUCGAUAUUUUAAUAAGCAUACACUCGAAAUUAGAAAGCAGCUUGAAAAUCCAUCAUAA